CUAGCCUUUGGCUCUGCAUUUUUCCUGUCUAGGGUUUACGUUUUGGCCCUCAAGAUCGUUCCAGUAAUUUCCCCAGCGUCCUGAGUUAUCUACUGUUUACAGAAUUGCUCUGUUUCGUUCGGAUUCAAGUUUUUCUGGCUUUGGGAGAUUAGGGUUUGAUGGGGACGGAACGGAAGAGGAAGUUGAGUUUGUUUGAUGUUGUAGACGAGACUUCUGUUUCUGCAAAAAUCGUCAAAUCCAACGGCGGAGCAGUCAACAAUAUGAUCAAUAGGUGGAACGGUCGGCCGUACUCGCAGAGAUACUACGACAUUCUAGAGAAGAGGAAGACUCUUCCGGUUUGGCACCAGAAAGAUGAGUUUUUGCAGGCUUUGAAGGCCAAUCAGUCCCUCAUCUUGGUCGGCGAAACUGGUAGUGGUAAAACAACUCAGAUCCCUCAGUUUGUUUUGGAAGCUGUUGAUAUAGAUACGCCAGACAAACGGAAGAAGAUGAUGAUUGCCUGCACUCAGCCUCGUAGAGUGGCUGCAAUGUCUGUAUCACGUCGAGUUGCUGAAGAGAUGGAUGUAAAUAUCGGGGAAGAAGUUGGUUAUAGCAUACGUUUUGAAGACUGCACUAGUGCAAGAACAGUUUUGAAAUAUUUAACAGAUGGUAUGCUUCUUAGAGAAGCCAUGACAGACCCACUUUUAGAACGGUACAAAGUUAUAGUUUUGGACGAGGCUCAUGAAAGAACUUUGGCAACCGAUGUCCUAUUUGGGCUUCUAAAGGAAGUGCUGAGGAAUAGACCUGACCUGAAGGUUGUUGUAAUGAGUGCUACUCUUGAGGCUGAGAAGUUUCAGGGUUACUUUAGUGGUGCACCUCUCAUGAAAGUUCCUGGAAGGCUUCAUCCUGUUGAGAUUUUUUAUACCCAGGAACCGGAAAGGGAUUAUUUGGAGGCAGCUAUUCGAACAGUUGUGCAGAUACACAUGUGUGAGACAGCAGGUGAUAUACUGGUUUUCCUUACUGGAGAGGAGGAGAUUGAAGAUGCGUGUCGCAAAUUAACAAAGGAAAUUGGAAACAUGGGUGACCAGGUGGGGCCUGUAAAAGUAGUGCCUCUGUAUUCUACACUUCCUCCGGCUAUGCAACAGAAAAUAUUUGAACCUGCUCCACCUCCAUUAAAAGAGGGAGGCCCUGCUGGGAGGAAAAUUGUUGUGUCAACAAAUAUUGCUGAAACUUCCUUGACCAUAGAUGGUAUAGUUUAUGUUAUCGAUCCUGGAUUUGCUAAGCAAAAAGUUUAUAAUCCACGGGUACGGGUUGAAUCUUUGUUGGUAUCUCCAAUAUCCAAGGCUAGUGCACACCAGAGGUCAGGACGUGCUGGGAGAACCCAACCAGGGAAAUGUUUUAGACUCUAUACAGAGAAAAGCUUCCAUAAUGAUCUUCAGCCACAAACCUAUCCAGAAAUAUUGCGAUCUAACCUAGCAAAUACUGUUCUUACCUUGAAGAAGUUAGGAAUAGAUGAUCUAGUCCAUUUUGAUUUUAUGGACCCGCCUGCUCCGGAGACAUUGAUGCGGGCUUUAGAGGUGUUAAAUUACUUGGGAGCAUUGGAUGAUGAUGGCAACUUGACCAAGCUUGGUGAAAUCAUGAGUGAGUUUCCCUUAGAUCCUCAGAUGGCAAAGAUGCUUGUUGUCAGUCCUGAAUUCAACUGUUCAAAUGAAAUUCUCUCAAUUUCUGCCAUGCUUUCAGUACCCAAUUGCUUUGUCCGGCCUAGGGAGGCUCAAAAGGCUGCAGAUGAAGCGAAAGCUCGGUUUGGGCACAUCGAUGGAGAUCACCUUACGCUCCUGAAUGUAUACCAUGCAUACAAGCAAAAUGAGGACCCAUCUUGGUGCUAUGAAAAUUUUGUCAACCAUAGAGCGCUAAAGGCUGCUGAUAAUGUGAGACAACAGCUAGUACGCAUCAUGGCCAGAUUCAAUCUCAAGUUAUGCAGCACAGAUUUCAACAGCCGUGAUUACUACAUCAACAUCAGAAAGGCAAUGCUAGCAGGAUACUUUAUGCAGGUUGCUCACUUGGAGCGUACUGGUCAUUAUUUAACAGUCAAAGACAACCAGGUGGUUCACUUGCAUCCUUCAAACUGUCUGGAUCACAAGCCAGAGUGGGUCAUCUAUAAUGAGUAUGUCUUAACAAGCAGGAAUUUUAUUCGAACGGUUACAGACGUUCGUGGCGAAUGGUUAGUUGACAUAGCGCCCCACUACUACGAUCUUGAAAACUUUCCACAAUGCGAGGCCAAGCGGGUCCUCGACAAGCUUUAUAAGAAAAGAAAGGGAGACAGGGAGGAGAACUGGAACAAAAAGUGAAGUUCUGCCCUGCACUAUUAAAUAUAGCCUCCUCCAGGGGGGGAGUAGGGAGGUGAACAUUUGAAAGAAUGAUUGUCACAAUAUCUUAGCCUCAUUUUUACUUCCCAAGGAGCCCAAAUUUUCAGGAAGAAACACCAGAAAUUACUGUAUCAUUGUGAAAGUAGUUUUAGUGACUGAUGCAGUACCGUAUGAAUUAUUAUAAUUUGUUUUGUGGAAGCUUUUCCUUCAUCUUA